GGGUGGCGGUGAAGAAAGAAUGAGAAGCACCUGCAACAAAAUGUCUUGUUGGGUGCCAAAAUUGAAUCGUUGCGAAUCGCCGGGGCCUCUCCAUAGGGCCUUCGAUGGCACUCCAUGCACUAGUGGCAUGUGGUGCCAGGAGGGCAAGUGCGUCAAAAACUCACUGGCUCCAGUCUACGAGGGUGCCUGCAGAUAUGGGGAUAAAAAAGGUGGAUGGGCUCUGAGGGGUGCAGACUACCCUAGUUCCUGUGAGGACGUUUUGAAGAAGUUUACAUGGAACUGUUAUGAGGAACCUUAUAAAACCGACUGUUGCAAAGCGUGUGCCACUGUUAAAGCAAAAUUUGGUCAAGAGAAGUGUGAGUAUGGAGACAGGUUUUCCAGCAGAGAAUGCAGGCCGAGUGUAUGCGGUGAUCGUUCUUGGCGCACCUACUGCUGCACUACCUGUUCUGAUGUCUCUAAGAAGAAUUAAAUUUCUGAAAAUUUUCUGAAUAUUUAAAAUAUAUAUAAUUAUAUUUAUUAUAUAUAUAUAUAUAUAUGUUUAUCAAUAUUUAUUCAAAUACAAUCCUAUAUGUUAUUGAAACAAUUGAGUGAAUAAAUUCUAUUCGAAACGCAUC